AUGUUUCAAGUUACCACUCAAGAGGCACUAUUCAUUGGUGCCAAUAGACAAACCCAAGUCUCAGAUCAGCACGCUAAAACUCACAUUGUAGCUUUCGGUGCAGGUCAAACCAUUGCUCUUUGGAACCCCCUAGAUGAGAACUCUCAAGGUGUAUUUGCCACUUUGAAGGGCCAUGAAGCUGAAGUGACUUGUGUUAAGUUUAUUACGGACACACCAUAUAUGGUUUCUUGUUCUGAGGAUCAUCAUGUUAAGAUUUGGAAACAAAAUCCAGGUGUAGCCAGGGAAGUGGACGGAUGGACUUGUGUGCAAACACUGGACCAUUAUUCUCAUACCGUAGUUGCAUUGGCCGUCCUACCUGGUUUGAUAGCUGUGGGAUGCGCCGAUGGGAAAGUAUCAUUGUGGGUUCAAAAAAUGAAGGAAGAUGUAUUUAUUCUGGGAGAGGAAUUCGAAGUUCAAAAAGGUGUUCUUCCAUUGGCCUUAGCCUUCUCUAAAGUUAUAGAUGAUAAAUAUCUAUUGGCAGUUGGUGGUACUAACGUAAAUGUUUUCGUGUUUUCGUUUGUUCUUAAUGCUACUGCUGAAACUAUUGAAACGUUACAAUUGGCGGCCAAAUUGGAAGGUCAUGAAGAUUGGAUUAAAUCGUUGGCUUUCCGCCAUCAGGAGACUCCGGGUGACUAUUUAUUAUGUUCAGGAUCACAGGAUCGUUACAUCAGAUUGUGGAGAAUUAGAAUAAACGAUCUCAUUGAAGAACAAGAUGAGGAUGAUGAGGACAUCGCUACUAAAUUGGCUUUAUUAAACAAUAAACAGUACAAGUUCCAUGUCACUGAUGCUCUAAGAGUCUGUAUAAAUUUUGAGGCUUUAAUCAUGGGUCAUGAUGAUUGGAUUUCUUCUCUGCAAUGGCAUGAAACACGAUUACAAUUGUUAGCCUCCACAGCAGAUACUGCAUUGAUGGUAUGGGAACCUGAUGAAGCAUCUGGAAUCUGGGUGUGCGGACUAAGAUUGGGUGAACUGUCAUCUAAAGGUGCGUCCACAGCAACUGGUUCUGCAGGUGGGUUUUGGUCUUGUCUUUGGUUCUCUCACCAAAACAAAGAUUAUAUUCUAACGAAUGGUAAAACUGGUUCUUGGAGAGUAUGGACCACAGAAGAAGGAAAUACUCUUUGCGAUCAAGAGUUAGGGAUUACUGGUGCUACAAAACAGGUCACUGAUAUUGCAUGGUCCCCCAAGGGUGAAUAUUUACUAUCUACCUCUCUAGAUCAAACAACGAGAUUAUUUGCUCCAUGGAUUUAUAAUAACGAUGGUACCAAGAGAAAUACAGCUACUUGGCAUGAGUUCUCUAGACCACAAAUUCAUGGUUAUGAUAUGAUUUGUGUGGAACCAAUGAGUGGUGCAAGAUUUGUAAGUGGUGGUGAUGAAAAGAUAUUAAGAUCUUUUGAUGAGCCAAAAGGUGUCGCUGAGCUAUUACAAAAGUUUGUUGGUAUUAAAACAGAUUCAGUCGAGGAGAUGCCAGAAACUGCGUCAGUCCCCGUUCUAGGUUUAUCCAAUAAGGCUAGUACAGGUGAUGAGGAAUCAGACGAGGAAAAGGAAGAAAAUAAUGCUAAUCAUGACGGGUCAUACGACAUGCUAGGUGAAUUAACUACUCCACCUAAGGAAGAUCAAUUACAAAGACACUUAUUGUGGCCCGAGAUUGAGAAACUGUAUGGACAUGGUUAUGAAAUUACUUGUUUAGACGUUUCUCCUGAUGGGAAAUUUAUUGCAUCUGCAUGUAGGUCAAAUACCCCACAACACGCUGUUGUUAGAAUAUUUAAUACCGAUAAUUGGUUGGAGGUAAAACCUCCAUUGGCAUUCCAUACUUUGACAGUUACGAAAUUGCGGUUUUCACCAGAUAGCAAGUACUUGUUGAGUGUGUGUAGAGAUAGACAAUGGGUCGUCUGGGAAAGGGAUCCUGAAACAGAUAAAUUUACUUUAAAAUACAAAACUGCAAAACCACAUACUAGAAUUAUUUGGGAUGGUGAUUGGGCUCCACUAGAGUUUGGUAACGUCUUUGUUACUGGGUCCAGAGAUAGAACCAUUAAACUUUGGAAAUUUGAUGAAAAUAAAAGUAAUUUUGACCUGGAAAAUUCCAUUAAACAUGACAAGCCUGUAACAGCAUUAUCUGUGUUUGAUUCUGUCCUUGAUGGUAAACUUCUCAUUGCUGUUGGUUUAGAAGAUGGUUCCAUUUACAUUUAUAAAUAUGAUUCAACAAGUGGCUUUGAUGUUGUGGAAGUUCUAAAUGAUUUGAUCACACCAGCGGAGAAAUUAACGAGAUUGAGAUGGUCUCGCUCACAAAGAAAUAACAAAUUAUGGUUAGCUGCCGCAAGCAGCGACACUUCGACUCGUAUUUAUUCUAUUGAUCUUCUGAAUUGA